CGGCUUACGGUAUCCCUUCGUACGUGUUUCCAAAAUGUUGUUAAAUAGAUCCCAAACGCCAUUUUUCUGUGUGGGCCGACGAAGUCAUGCUUUCUGCACCGCAAGUUUAAGCCGCGGUGGAAGCUCACGCAGCUUCAAUUCUAAUUAUGGAGGUACAGGAAGCAGAGAUGCUGGCUCGGCGUCGCCAUAUGGAAGACGGUCCCGCGACAUCCGCGGCUCGGAUGCAGGAAGCAGCAGCAACGACCGCGACGCGAGGAGCCAUGGCAACCCCUCUUCCCAUGGGCUUAGCAAUCGUGACAAUAUCGGCAACUUCCGUGGUCGCGGUCGCGGGCAAGGUCGCGGCCAUGGUUCCGGAGGCCGCAGCAAUUCUGUCGAACAGCAACUAGCACCCGCAGGUUCGGAGUCCUCGACGCAAGGCCGGGGUCAGGCUCAAGGCUUCAGGGGUCGCGGGCGCGGCGAGUCCGGGCGUGGACGUGGGCGUGGGCAGCAGGGGCGAGGAGGUCGCUUUGGGCGGCCUAACAGGAAUGACUUGGAUGACGGUUCCGACGAUGAUGAGGAUGAUGAGUAUCGUGGCGACACGGGCAGCACCAGGAAGCGCGGAGCUGGAUCCGCCUCUACGGAUGGGGACUUCAUCGUGAUUGGGCGAGCGGACACCCCUUCGGCAGUACGCCAGAAGGCUGCGGUUAAAGGAGCGGCGGACGGAGCGGCUGAUUCACCCAGUAGCUCCAGCGGAAUCCGGUCCACAACAGAUCCAGAUCUCCUGGAUGGAUCCAGAUUUUGGAAGGAGGUUAGCGGCAUCGAUGACGCGGAUUACGAAGACGGUGAGGAGGAGGAAGAAGAGGAGGGAGAAGAGGAGGGCCUUGAAGGCGCUGAGGGUGAAGAAGACGAGGACGAGGAUGUCCCGCAGAGCCCCGAGCAGCUGCUGGCCCGCAUGCAGCAGCUGGGCUUCACUCUGCAGCAGCAGCAGCAGCCGGACACCGGCGCUGGCAGCGGCGGCAGGGCGCCGGCAGCAGCAGCAGCAGACACCGGGGAUGUAGCAGCGGCAGCGAAGGAGGAGGAUGAGAAUGCAGCAGCCUCUUCUCUUACGAAGGCGGAGGUGGAGGCCCCGGCCCCACACCGACCAGAAGCUGCAGCAGCACAACCACCAAGAGGGGGCAACAAGGGGGCAGCAGGGGUGACGGAGGCGGUGGGGGCGGCAGCGGGUGCGGAUCUGGCUCUCCGCGACCUGCGAGAUACCUUCAUCGCCACCAUGACCCCUCCCAGCCUGCCGCCCUGGUUCCUGGGACCGCUGGAGGUGGUGGCCGCAGGUCGGGCGACUGGACGCGGUGUGUCGCUUCGCGCCACCCGAUCCGUAGCAGCGGGGGAGCUUCUGGCGGUGUCGCUGCCGCUGGCCAUCCGCUACAGCCGUCGCGGGACCACUCCUGAGAAUGAGGAGCUAGCGGACCUUAUGAUGUUGACGAUGACGGGGCAGCAGCAGCAGCAGCAGGGGCAGGGGCGACACGUGAGGCACGGAGGGGUCGGUGGCAACCGGAGGGAAGCAGCAGCAGCAGCAGCAGCGGGUUCCUCCUCCGGUGCUGUCAAUGGCAACGGCAGCUUUUCCGGCUUGACGGACCUGCAGCAGAGCUUGCUGGGGCUACUGCCGAGGGCGGCACCAGCAGCAGCAGCGGCACCAGGCGGCAGCAGCAGUGCUGGCGGUGCUAGCAGCAGUGUGGCAGUGGGUCCCGCGGUGAAGCGUGCUUUCCUGGAGAUGGUGGCCAGGUCAGCAGCGGACAGCUCAGCGCCCCGGUCGCCACCGGUGCUGGGGGCCGAGGAGCUGUACCGGGUGGUGAAUGGGAGCUGCAUGGGGGAGGAAUUCCAGGACUUGGUGCUGUGCAAGCUGCGUGGGGAGCGACCCAUGGGUCACAUUGCGCUCUGGCCGGAGGCAGCCUUCACGAGCCACUCCUGCGCGCCCACAGCCACUGCCUACGCCCUUGGGGAUAGGCUCAUCACCCGAGCAGCGGUGGAUAUCCUGAAAGGCGGCGAGGUGAGCCUCAACUGGCUCGGCUCGCUGCUGACGUCGCCACUGGAGGUACGGCGGGCCGAGCUACGGCAAAAGUACGGCUUCACAUGCGGCUGCGUUCGAUGUACGGCGGAGGCCAAGUACGACAGCACCCCUCUUGCUGCCCUCCUGAUGUCGGUGUACGACACCUGCCAGCAGCUCUCACCCCGGCUGGAGCAGGCCAUUGCUGCCGGGGACGUGGCGGCGGUGGGGGCAGCGCGGGAGCAGCUGCGGGGCCUGCAAGAGCAGGUUGAGGCGGCGAUAAGGACGGCUAGCCCCAAGGUCAACAGCAAGGUUCGGAGGUGGCUGCAGGCGAGUGUGUACGACCUGUACGACCUCGUCAGCCUUUCCGCGGACGAGCUGGCUGCUGCUGCUGCUGCUGCCGGCGGCGCCCGAGAGCAAUCCUUCAAGGCUUCACCACCAGCAGCAGCAGCAGCAGCAGCGGCCCUGGUGGAAACGGAAUCCCUGGCGCAGUGCUGCCGCAUCAUUGAAGGUGUAACGCCGGGCAGUGAUGCGCAUGUGAGUCUGUCAGCGGAGCUUGUGAUGCGGUGCUUGGAACGCUUUGGGCCGCAGCAUGAGGAGUACCUGCAGGUCAGGGCGGGGGUCGUACGAGCGUAUGGGGCGAGGUACGGCAACGUGAGUCCGGCGGUUAUGGAGCAGUUGGUUGCGGCACGGUUGGCGGCGGAGGCGGAGGAUGAUGAGGAAGCGGAGGAGGAGGAGGAGGAGGAAGAGGAUGAAGAGGGUGUUUGAAUUCGUAGGAAUGGGAGGGCUGUGCUUGUUGAAGGAGAGUUUUAAGCGCGCAAAUUGGUGCUGUUCUUGCGCGGGAUACUCUGAUGGGGUUUCAAGGCGGCGGUCGGGUCGCGCAACGCAGAGGUGUGCGGUACUGCUCCCGAAUUUACAAAUUCGCCUCAUGCCAACCGAGCCCGCGGUAACUGUUGACGACACGCACGCAAUUCAUCCCCACCGCUGGUAGGGAUUCCCCAGCAGUCGGCCGCCAAGAACGGCCGGAUGUUGGCAGAGUGCCUGACUGAACACCAACGAGAGGAAGCCCGCGACCAUGUCUCCACUACAGAGAAGCUGCCGUUCCGCCGUUGUUGCAGAAAUCCGGUGUACGGCCGGUUCGUUGGCGGUUGACUUUCGUACGGCGAACGUUCCUAGACGCGCCGAAUGAACGUUUGAAACAGUCAACAAUUGGCUGUACCAAGUUUUGCGACUGUUAACGUAAUCACCUACUUCGCAAGCCAUAACUUGACACAUAGAGCUGGUGGCUAAGCAUACGUCGCAACACCUGCAGCUGAGGCCAUGGAUCCGCAUGUGCCAGACGAUGAAGCUAUGGAUGAGGAUAUGGAGUUGCAACUUGCUUUAGCGCUGUCGCUGCAGGAGACCACUGCUGCUGAUUUGGGCUCCGGCGCAGGCACGAAUACGGCACAGCAACCGGGCACUGCCGGCCCCUCAAGCGCCGGUGCCGCAGCUCCCGGCAUGCCCGACCUUGCGACGUUACUGCUGCAAGGCCUGCAAGCUGCACAACAACCAGCUCCGCCCCCACCUGCCGCCUCAGCUCCCCCCGCUCCCGCACCCGCACCCCACCCUCUCCCACCCACCGCCCAGCCCGCUGCUGGCCCCCCUGCUCCUCCUCCUGCUGCUGCUGCUGCUGGCGCUCCCCCCGACAACCUCCUAGCCGCCCUCCUGCAGCAAUUCUUCGCUGGCGGCAUGCCAGCAGGAGGCCCAGCACCCCAACAGCCACAGCCGCACCCCAACCAGGGGCAGUUCCUCCCCACGGGUGCAGCGGUGGCAGCCGCACCCGCCACCAGCGGCAGCAGCCGGGCAGCCGCGGCGCGCAACCCGCCGCCUCCCGAUGCCACACCGCUGCCCGGUUGGGCGGUGAAGCUGAGGAGCUGGUGGUGCAGUAGCAGCAGUAGCAGUACCAAUAACAGCAACCCGGGGGCUGCUGCUGCUGCUGGGGCUGGGGCUGGGGCUGCUCCCACGAGCAAUAGCAGUGGCAGUAGCGGCAGUGUGACGUUGGCGGGCCAGGAGCAGCUGGGGGCGGUGUGCGGCCGGCUGGG